AUGCCGCGACAGGGGGAGGAUAAUGCAAGUAACAACCAGGUAAAGAUCCCAGAACCAUCUGAAAAACAUACUGCAUCAAAGAAGGACAAGAAGCUAGGAAUUAGGAAAGCGAGACUUACCACAGUGGCGUUGCAAUUGGCUGACCGAUCUUACACCCAAACAGAAGAAUGUGAAGCUGACCAUGAUGUACCAAUUAUUCUUAGAAGACCAUUUCUUUCUAUUGGCAGGACCCUAAUUAAUGUGCAGAAAGACGAGCUAACCAUGACAGUGAAUAAUAAGCAUGUUACUUUUAAUAUGUUUGAUGCGUUACAAUACACAGAUGAGAAUGAGUUAUGUCACACCAUUGACUUAAUAGAAACAACAAUGGACGAAUUCGCAAAAUUUUGCUACAGCAUUUCUGACAGUGAAGACAUUUUGAUGGAGCAUGGUUACAUAGUAUGUUUUGAAAAGUUUGGUAAAUUUGAAUCCCUAGAUUUAUCAGAUCAAUCUUGUAAGCCUCCUAAACCAUCUAUAGAGGAAUCUCUUGUACUGGAGUUGAAGCCUCUUCCACAACAUUUGAAAUAUACGUAUUUGGGAAAUGAAAGUAUUUUUCCAGUUGUAAUUUCUACUAAGCUAACACCUGAGCAAGAGGACAGACUUAAUAAGGAAACUAGGAAGGAUCGUUUCCCUUUGCCAUUCAUCGAUCAAAUGUUGGACAGAUUAGCUGGUAAGGCUUUUUAUUGCUUCCUUGAUGGUUAUUCACCAUAUAAUCAGAUUUCCAUAGCACUUGAAGAUCAAGAGAAGACAACUUUCACAUGUCCAUAUGGUACUUUUGCAUUUAGGCGGAUGUCGUUCGGGUUAUGCAAUACCCUAACAAUUUCUAGCGCUGCAUGA